GCCGGGGAGGGCAGGGCCGCCCGGAAGUCCUGACCUGCAGGUGGCGCCGGCCGGAGGCUGGGGCGUUGCUGCCACCAGUGGGCGGGGCAGCGGGGCAGCGGGGCGGGGGCACCCUCACCUGUCCGUGUGUGGGGAUCAGCCUGGGCUCCGUGGCCUCCGCUUGCACCGGACGUGGACCCAGGCUACCGGUGGGCAAGAUAGAGGACUGAGCCCAGGCACGCACGGCUGGCCAGGUGGGAUCCCCACCCCCGCUCAGCCUUCUUUCUGCAUGGAUGCUGAAGGACCAGGCUCACUUGAAGUUCUGAGUUUGAGCAGUAAGGUGGAAACAAAGAAACCAAUGGAAACAAAGAAACAAGUCAUUGUGGCAAAGCUCCCCACCACAGAGAAGCUGCCCUGAGUGGAAGGGAGGGUGUGGGCAUGCCCAUUUGUUUCGUGUCUCCCAGUGCUCUUCGCUUUCUUAUUGCAGACCUGCAUGGUUACAACAAAAUGAUCUGCAAAACUGAAAAUAUUUACUCUCUGGCUUUUACAGAAAAGGCUGACCAGCCUCUGGUUCCCGUACCGGUCAACUGAUUGGAGUACCUUUCCAGUUUGGAAACAUCUGGGCAGGCCCAGCUGGUAAGUUUACUUUUCUACUUUGACCAAGCAAACUGAAGCCAACAGAAGAGAACUUUCACCAGCAACUCCCAGCACAUCCGCUCGCCUUCUGAUGUCUGUGACCUCACUCUCGCUGCCCCACCUCUUAUUACAGAUUGAACAGGAUCCAGGGGGAAGUACCAAGCCUGUCCCAUCGGCCAUCCUGUGUGUCAUGUCCUGUGACCCAGUGGAUGCUCAGCACCCUCCAGCUGAAGAAACAGAUUGCCUUAGGUACAUGAAAGGUGAGGACACCUACUAUCCCCAUGGAGCGCAGGUGGGGCUGGGAGUCUGCUGUUUGUACAGCCGGUGGGCUCGUGUUGCUUUGGGCAUCCCUGUGCCUGAAUUCCUGCAGUACACUCGGUGCCUGUUUCCUAAUCUGCAAAACUGGAAUGAUGUUAACCAUCCCGCAGUGCAUUCCAUGGUGCAUCCUCGCCUAGAAUUGAGUGGAAGCAAGUCCAUCUCAGAAGGGACAUACCUGAAGAGAAAUGGCUUUCCAGACUCUGAAGGGCAGAGAAAGCACCAGCCUGGGUUAGAGAAAGAGAACAGCAUCUCUGAGCCCGUCCUGGGUGACCUCACAGAGAUCACCCUAGUGGCCCAGGCUAGUGACCGGGAACAUGUACCUUCCUGCAGCCAACCCCAGACGUCCACUGAUGCAUCAUAUACUGGCAAAGAUCCUGGCCUGGGGGGGUGUUGGCCGCCGGAGAUUCGCCAGAUGUUGGACUCCAGCUUAACCACCGGAAGUGGGCAGGAUGUGCUGAGGGGGCGGAGGCAGCCGCCAAGGCAGCGACGGAGGGGGCUGUCCCUGGCCAGCCGGUCAAUUUGUUCCCAUCUCAACAUUUGCUGUCCCAGUUUCGCAGGACGCCCUUCUCCAGUUUAUCCUUCUCCUGGGAGGUGACAUUUUAGGUUAUUGGGUCCCAGAUUGCUGGCACACUCAUCCCUGUUCUCAAACAUCUUUUAAACUUGGGUGAAGUGAUAAGUUGGGGAAGAAGAUGAUUUACUGAAAGUCUCCCGAGAAGAGAUUCAGACUGAACAGCUUUGUGUCGGACUUUGGAAGACCGCUGGUGCCCAAGGGGUUCUCUGGCAGCACAAUGACGAAUCUAGGUCCCUCUUUCACUGCUACGUCAAUGAAGUGGACCGCAUGGACAAGGCCAAAGCUGGUAUCCCAACCAUAGCCCUUGACAGUGAUGUUCGGCUCCAGGAAGCCAUCAGAUGCAGCAGGUGGCCAGAGAAGGAGCCUAACGGGCUCAUGAAAUGUGACACCCCCAGCUUCAUCAACACGGACCAGAACUCUUCCUUUGGGGAAGAUGAUCUCCUGAUUUUGGAACCACCGAUUGUUCUAGAAAAUAAGCCAGUUGCCCAGACCUCACACAAAGACUUGAAUUGGAAAUGUGCUUUGUCAAGUGUUUCUCUGAAGAUGUGAAGUCUGUCUUUGUAUGGCAGGAAGUCCCCUUUCACAAAAUUGUAUGUGUUUGUGUCUGAGAGAGAGAAAUGGAGACAGACAGAAAGACGGAGACAGAAGAGAGCCCCUCAGAAGAGAGCUAGUUAAGCACCCCAGACUGACGAAGACAGUGGAGAAUGCCUCUGAGUUUGGCACUGAUUGCCUGGAGAAUGCUGAAACCCAGGGAAGUGGGCAGCACAGACGUUUACUCAUUUAAUCCUGCCAACACAGUAGGAGAUAGAGUCUACAUAUUCCUCGCUACUUAAAAGAUCCCUGCCUUCUCUCUGCUCCUCCUGUCCAUGUCUCUCCCUCCACUUUUCCCCUUCUCCCCUCCUCCUCCCAUCUUCUCCGUCCCUCCCUUCCCCAACUUCUCUUGCAGAACACAGAGAGGAUAGCUGGCCCUCCUGCGCAUGCGCAGUCUGUGCCAGCUGGACCGAGGGUUGGAAGCUGCAACUCCGAGCCGGGGAUCGGCCCCAAAGGCUUCUCAGCUCUUUCGCCCGCUCAGUGGUGUGGGCGCUGCUCCCCGGGCUGAGAGCCUCCGGCUGUGAACCCCAGCUUCUCCUGUUGGAGUCGGGAAAAGGGAGCGUCAGUGCUGAGCGAGCUUCCGUCUCCUCCCUCAGUGUUUCUGCCCCAGUGAGAGGGCUCAGUAGUGCUCUGCCAGCAUGAUUUUGGGGCAAUUUGGGGGCAGAUAUCGUGCACAAGCAGUGAGAUAUUUCCAUGCAUUUUACUUUCCGGACAUCACCAUGGAACAUGUGGGGGUUUGUGCCUGCAGGCCGGGAUGCUGCAGGACUCCCUGGUCCAUCACCGUUAUGUCUUGGAGCUGCUCCAGUCAGUGAAUGACUUUCUGUGGCUUGGAGUACGUUUUGGUUACUGAGACCCUCGAAUUCCCAUAUGAAUUGUAGCAGCAGCUAGUCAGUUUCUGCAGAGGAGACCGCAGGGAUUGUGAUCGAGACCACGUUGAAUAUACGGAUCGUUCUGGGGAGCACUGCCAUUCCAAAAGCGCUGUCUUCUGAUCCAGCAAUGUGCCCUCACCUCCAGUAGCAUCCAUCCAGACACCGGAACUGACACUGGCCGUGCUCCGAACUGCCUCAGCCCUGAAGACACAACUGACAAAUAGAAGGGGACCACGCCCUGUUACAGCAGGGGUAUAUCAUGGACGUCCUCCCACUCCAGACUCACCCGGCCCUUUCAGAUAGAUUGGAGGGGUCUCCUGAUGUGCGGGUGUCGUCUCUUGUCCACGGAAACAUUUGGUGCGAGACUGCUGUGGACAAGGCCCUGGACCACGGCGAAACGCCGGCUCCCUCAGCGCCCGCAGCUCGCCUUGAUUUACCGCAUCAUUGUCUUGAUGGUGGACAGUUAAGUUUUCUCCAUUUUCCACUGUCAGAAAGAAUGUUUGAGUUGCAUCCUUCUUGUACAGAACUUCCUGUGAUCUUGUAUGUGUAUUCCUUUAGUUAAGGCUUCUGGAAAUUUAGUCCCUGGAUGUGACAUUUACAUUCAUCACAGACUCCUUUCAAGUGACUAGAAAUUCCUUCUCCAUUGGGGAAUGAAAAAAUGCACAAUUACUUAUGUAACCAAUUCUCUAUCGCUGGAUAUGAUUUCACUUCAGUUUUUCUUCCCACCUUUGUAAACAGUGCUGUGUAAAUGCCCUGAUGGGUACAUCUUUUUGGACUGAUUUUUUUUUCCUAAAGGAAACGAUUCCUAGAAGUGGAGUUGAGUCAGUGUGUAUGUACGUUUUUCAGAGCUUACAAAUCCAUUGAUAUGUCAUCCUCUGAAAAAGUCGCUCAUGAUUUGUUCUCCCACAGAUGGACACUAGCUAGAUUAUCUUAAAAAUAUUUGCCAAUAUGAUAAGCAAAAGUGCUUUUUCAUUGUUUUUUUUUGCAUUUGAUGACCAGUGAAGUUUUGAGCAUUUUUCACUCAUUAGUCAUUUGACUUUUUUAAAAUGAAUGAUUCCUUUUGUCCUUUGCCCACAUUUAAGUGAGGGAGCUUCUUGUUGCUUUGUGACAGCUUUUUGUAUGUUAUGAAAAUUAACUUCGUGAAUUCAUCAACAUGUAUCACAGAGCUUUUUCUUGUCAUUUCUUUCCUUUCAUUUUGUUCAGGAAGUUUUCUGAUUUUUGUUGUGGCUCAAACUAUUCUUAGGAUAGUAAAUGUCUUCCUUAUGGGUUUUAUCUUUGACAUUAUUCUUAGAAAUACUCUCUUAUAAUGGAAUAAAUCUCUUCUGUAGGUAUUUUUUAAUCUCUAAGAUGGAGAUUAUAAUAGUACAUGUUAUAGUGAGGAGAAGUUGAGUUAAUAAGAGCAAAGAGUUGUAUUUGCUGUUACUAGUACUUUUUAAUAUUUACAUCGCUAUCUGCAAUUUAUCUUGUGGUCAUUAUGACAGGAGUAGAAUUUAUUCUUUCCAGGUGAUUCUCUGUCCCAGGACAAUUAUCGAAUUCAUAAUUUUCUCUUUGAUUUGAAAUCCCACCUGUACAAAAUACUUACAUACACUAGAGUCUUUUUUGAGCUCAUGGUUCCCUUCUGUCAAUCUCCUUUCCUUACUCCAGCACCAUAUCUUACAUGUUGUAAAAAUUUAUUUAAUAACUGGCAGUCUGAUUUUUUUUGAUUCUUUUCUUCCAUCCCAAAUUUUCUUGUCAAGUAUUAUGACUUUAUUAUUCCUGAAGAAUUCCAAAAUAUUUUGUUCAAGUUAAAAAAAAUCAGAUUGGAAUUUUCAUGGGAUUUUUUAGUAAGUUUUGAAUUAUUCUUAGGAGAACUUACAUCUUUACAAAACUGCUUUUCUCCAUGCAAUAUGUUUAUGUCUCUACAUUCAUACCUCUUACUUUAACCCUCAGUACAGUCCUGAAGUUUCUCCAUUUAGAAUAUGGGCAUUAUUUUUGAAUUUAUUCCAGAUUAUUGUUUAUGUUUUUGUUAAUUUUGUAAGUGAGAAUUUUUUGCUAUUAUAUUUUUAAAUGUUUAAAACUGACAUUUAGAAAGGAAGAUUCGGUUUGUCAAUACUCACUUUGUAACUUGUCAUUUAAAAUUGUAAGUAUUAAGUACUUGUUCCAGAAUCCUUUCUUUUCUGUUUUUUAAAAUUUGUUUCCAAGAUUCUCAAAAUGUUCAUAGCUAAGUAGUAUAGGUGGGGACACAGAUGGAGAGAGGAAGUGUGGCUCACGAACAAACUGUGAGCAAUUUCAUGGCUGCCUUUAGGCUGGAGAAGCCACAGAAGAGCCCAGGUUAGACCAAGGGUGGCUUUGUAUGCACUUGAAAGCCAGCUUUCCUGCCUGUAUGGUGAAGCCUGGUGGGCGUGGCAGGUAGAUGAUCAAGGUCUGAUCAAGGUCAUUGGCUGCACAGAGCACUGUGUCUGUGAGAACUGGAGACCAUUACCAUGGGAAAUGCUUGGCGCCAGGAACACUGCAGGGGAGCUGGGGAGCCUGUGUGUUAAGGAUUUUCCAGCCCUGGGAGUGGGAAGAUGAGACUCUGCAUUCAGAUCUGAGUUUGAAUUCAUCCUCUCUUGUUUACUGGUCCUCUGACUUUUGUCAAGUUAUCUACCCGCUUUGAACUCCUGUUUUCUUGUCUCUCAAAACAGGAGAAUUACAGCCUGCUGCUAGAGUGUUUGAUCAGGGUAAAUGAUUUGUGUCUAUAAGAUGCCACGUACAGUCACAAUCUCAGUGAGAAAUGGGCUGUCGCCUCUUCUUCUGCAACUCAGUGCUCGAUAAGACAUCGGGGGAAAGCCAGUCCCUAAUUUGUAUGUGAUGCAAUGAGGAACAAAAUUAACGUCUUGCCUUUCCCUAGCAGGAUUCUUAUUUCUUUGCUUCAUUUACCUCUUUCCUCCUUUACUCUCCCCUUUCACCUCCUCCACCAAAAGAGACUGAGUCUGUCUCAGAACACUACAUUCAAAUUACUUUAAAUGUUGGCUCAUCCCCAUGAAAUUACAGUGAAAUUAAAAAUAAUCUGUACACGUCCCAGACAUGAUUAUAUUUGAUUUACACACACACACACACACACACACACACACACACACACACACACAAUCAGGCUACCUCCCAUUUGCUGAGGGAGAAGGACCACUUUUUCUGAGUUUUCAUUCACUGAGCGUGAGAGCAAAGUCUCUUAAGCAGAAAUUCGCCUGGCUUCUUGCAUGGUUUUUUAAAUUGGAUUUCUGCUUUGUGUCCACAGAAAUAGACUCCUAUUAGAAGAGGGGAAGUGGAGACAUAGAUAUUCUGCUGAGAUAUUGGUGUCAUCAUAUUUGAGUUGGAAAGGACUUACGACAGCAUAGAGUCGUACCUUUUUAUGGGUGAGAAUCCAUGAUAGUGUAACUUGGACAAGAACCCGGGUCUUCUGUCUUCAUGUCCACGCGGAUGAAGAGGCAACUGGGUGGGGGAUGGCAGGGAUCCUUACUUGAGUUCCGGGGUCUUGCUAGUUUCCAUUGUUCAGCUGCCUUUAGUUUAUGUCCAUGUGGCCUCUCAUGGGAAGGUCACUCUAUCCUGAUAGAUUGAGUUUCUAAUCAGCAAAAAGGUCUGGACCCACUCAUGUUUCCCAGAGAUUUUCUGCUGACCUGCUGACAGUUUAUAUACAUGAGAUCUUAGAAACUGCUGGAUAUAAAAUCCUUAUUGUUAUCAUUUGCCCUCGAGUUCCACAGGAAUGGGGUGCUGUCUCAGGCUGUCUAAGGCCAGCUCUGAACAAAGAUAGGGUGAUAGGCUGUGCAGCUGGACACUCCCCAGUCGAAUGGGAUUUCCACCUUAGUUUUUAGAAUCAGGCAGAUGAGUUCAAAUCUUACCUUUACCAGUUAUUAGCUUUGUGACCUUGAGGAAGAAACUUUACUUUUUUGGGGACAAAUUUUCUUUAUCCGUAAAUAAGUUCAGUAUUUAUUUUAGGGUUUUUGUUUUAGAAUAGAAUGAGCUAAUUCCCUCAUUUAUUCCUAAAAUACUGAUCACAUGGUUCUAUGCUGGUGACCUAGUGGUUGAUUACUAAGGGACUCAGUAGUGAGAAUGUGGGUGAGGCUCCCUGGAUAAUAGAGCUUAUAUUCCAUGAUAUGCUUGUAAAAGACUGGAUUGCAGUGGAUUUUUAGUAAAUGUCCAUUCUUUUCCUAAUCCCCAUUGAUUGUGUAUAUAUCUUUAUACUAAUAUAUGAACAAUUUUUUAUUGCAAUAUAAGUCUUUUUGUAGUAUUUAAAGUAUGUAGCUAUAACAAAAAUACGUGAAAUAAAAUGAUUUGACUUUUAUUUUCUUUUCAAUAAACAAAACAAAAUAAAAUAGAAAAGAAAAGAAAAAGUUUUGAAGGAGUAGAAAUAAUUUUAUUUCCGUGUAAUCGACUCCCUAUGUUAGGUUUUUCGGUUGUGUUCUUAAACAGCAUAUAAAAUUGACAGGUUUUGACUUCAGUGUUGAUAGCUGGGUGAGUAUAGUUUCUUUUUGUGGUUGUCUUUGAUGAAUUAUUUGCACUAGAUCAUAAAUAAUGUGCAUGUUACAUAUUGGAAACGAGGAAAGAGUGGAGACAUACUACCUCCAAUGCAGUCAUUUUGUUACCGAGUCCAAACUCAUUCUGCUCACCAAAUGACAGGCCAAUAAACUGGGAGAUGAGGUGUUGGAGCAAGGAAUAGUGACUUUAUUUGCAAAGCUGGCAGACCCAGAAGAUGGCAGACUGAUGUCCUGAAGAACCAUCUUCCCCAAGUCAGAAUUGAGUCUCCUUUUAUACUAAAAAGGGGUGGGGCUGCAGUUGGUUGUUGGAAACUUCUUGUUGUAUGAAUUGCUUGUCCUUUGAAUCCGCUGUUCUUGCAGCUGUCCAUGUGGAUCAAAUCAUGUUGCCAUUGUAAUACCUCCAAAAGUAAAACAAAGUUAUUCUCUAUUUUGCAACUUGCCAUCUCUACAUAAGUGCAGAUUAGUUAGCAUCCUUCAAGAUCACGGCCAGGAGAAGAGGCUGUCCUGGAUAUUUCAGUCUAAAGGCAACUUUCUUUUACAAAUGGUGCAGAGAUAGCAAGUCUGAGCCUAGAAAACAGGGCACAGGUUUAAAGCCAAAGGAACAGACCUAACAUGGGGUCAAAAUUGUUCUUUUCUAUUACAAUUCCCUUUUCCGCUUCAUAGAUAAUUUUAGUAAGAAACAUGAGCAAUUUUGUAUUUUUGCUUCUUAAUAACCGAUAAGUGGGCCAACUAUAUUUUUGUGAGCAGGGAUGCUGUGCGGGCAUAGGGGUCACAGCAAACUCUUGUUGGGGGUGGCCGACCCUGGAACAUGUCUGAUGCCCCGUGAGUGUUGGUGAGGGUCCCCUAGCCAGCGGCUCUCUUCAGGAGGCAGCAUAUGGGCAUUGAUAUCUGGAGACCUCAUUUUCGGCUGCAGGAAAUUUUUUAGAUACUGCGAUUGAAAAAUCACUCCAGCUGGGGAUAAUUAGGGAAAAAAGGAAAAGUAAAAGGGUUUGGAGUAGAGUAGAAGAGAAGGACAUCAGAUCACGGAGCCUGAGUGCUUGGCAGCGGGGCUUCGGGGGAGAGGGGAGCAGACGUGGGGAGGGGCCUGGCACCGGAACCAGCUCCUGCACCUGUCCCCGUGCCCAAGCCACAUAGCUUUUAAUUGGGCCACCUCUCUGGGCUGGAUGUCACCCUGUGCAGAACCUUGAGAAUCGAAGGUAAGGGGUGGGCAGCACUCACCUAGGGGUCACUGUAGAUUUCGGUCAAGUCCACAGUGCCU